AUGGUGGAGAACCUUUGGUAUCAUGUACGGAAUCGCAUGACCCUAUACAUCGGUCCUUUGAUAGCUGCCACAGUUAUACUAAUUGACUGGAAUCACACGAGAGAGUGGAAAAAGAACGGUCGCAAAUCAGUUCUUGAUAAAUUUCUUCGCGAUGAAGAUGACGCCUCAGAUGAUUAUUCACUCAUUGUAUUUUGUGAGCACGUAACUAUGGGCACCUUUACGAUCACUUACUUCUUACGCAAAGCUGUUUGGGAUCACAAAUACAUGUGGGCUGCUGUUCCAUUCAUCUACUAUUUUGGUAAAUGCUGGGACGCAGCAGGCUACCAUAAAGUGCAGAUGAUGAAGGGGCAUAGCAAGAUGUAUGCCAGUCGAAUUGCCGCAAUCCCGGCGGGUGAAGACGUUUGGCGAUAUUAA